GAAUUUCAUUGUUGUUUAUUCCACGCAGACAGCUCCGUAUGAAAAGGCUUAGCAUGUGAAGGUCUUUCUUAUUAUCAAACAAACCUUCCACGGAAGACCAUAGUCCCGUCUCACGAGUAACAUCAGUGACCAUCAAUUACCGGACAUGGCUGCGAAGACCAUCUUGAUCGCCCUGCCCUGCGGACCAAGGGACAAGCUGCCCUUGCCUCCUAGGGUACCAGCGAUUUCUAGAACCGUCGAACGUAUCAAAGUGGAAGUUGAUGACGAAGAAGGAUAUGGAUUCGUGAAGGAGAGGAACAGGAAACGGAAAUUGGACAAUUUGACCACGGAGGAGAAAAUUUUAAGAAAGAAAAUGAAGAACCGAGUGGCAGCCCAGAAUUCACGAGAUAAGAAAAAAGCAAGAAUGGACGAUUUGGAAAAGGCACUGGCGCUUGCACAUGAAAAGAUAAAACAGCUGGAGGCCAAGCAAAGUACGUGCACCAGGUGCGGCGAGAAGGUGUCGAGUCAAGGACCCCAGGACUUCGUACCUGCCGUGUCGAAACCCGAUAUCCCUCUGCAGAAGGGCAGGGGUCAUCGGCUCGAGACCCUCUUGCCGGCUUGGUGUUCGGCUUGGGUAUUACUACUGGCGCUGACGGCCAACAAACACCAGUUAAAACAGAAGAUGAUGCAAGAAAUGAUGACGCCGACCUUGAAGACUCGAGUGGACAGGAGAGUGAUGAAGGAUACUCGAGUAGAGAGGAUGAAGUGGUGGGGCUCUCACCAGAAUAUGUGGAACCCAAAGAAGAAAGUUGCUUGAGCCCUGCUGAGACCAUUCCCCUGUCAAGCCCUUCGUCACCCAGUCUCUCGGUCGAGGACGAGCAGGAACUGCUGCAGCUCUUUUCACAACAGUUUUCAGAACCACCAUCGGUUAUUUCUGAUAAUGGAUACCAAUCAGAAUCGCCCAGCAGUGUAAUGCAAGGAUUGGAUGAUUUAUUGGUGUUAUUUCCGGAUCUCCUUUAGAGUGCGUGCUUCUAAAAAUACAGACCAUUGUAAAUAAGAAAUAAGUGUUACAUGUAUUUGUAGUUUUGUUUAAACCGCAUUUACUCCUAGUUGUUAACAAUAAUUGUUUUAUAUUUCUCUGGAAAUAUAUAUUAUAUUAACUUAGAGCACAUCAUGUAUUAAUCAUGCAAAUUAUUCAACUCUAACGGCAUAGUUCCUGUAUCGUUGUAAUAAAUAUAAAGGGCUUGACAAAUUAUUGGAAA